CUGGGAGCUGGUUGCGCGCGACAGUUUACAUUGUUGACCUAGCUUCUAAAAGCCGGGCGGGCUGUGAAGGAUGUUGGGCAAUUAAAGCGGACAAAUCCCGAUUUUGUUUCUUUAUAGCCUAAAUACUGUGUAUAGUGAUGGGCGCGGCGCCUGUAAAAAUCUGUAAACGCACUAUGAGCAGAUAAUGAUAGGUCAUGUUUUUUAGGAUCUGUUUGUGUCUGCAGCACUCCGAAGUGGAACCUCAAAAUCUUAACCCGUACAAGCUUCAGGUUCUUUGGUGCUUAACUGGUUAGUGGUUAUCCAGUCGAACCUAGCAGCUGAGACAGACAUCGACAAUGUGCUCAAUAUUAACCAAGGUAAGACCCAUUCAUCGGGCUGUAGCCCUGUCGCUUCGUCUCGGAGCCAGCAGCGAGUGCUCGAGGUAUGCGGCCACCCAGAGCAGGCGCCUCUCCCGCGGCGUGAAUUCUGUCGUAGAUCCGCUGCGGAUCAACGCCAGGUUUUACUGCUCCAGGACGGCGAAGACCGAAGGACUGCUCUUCAGACAACUGUUUGAGGUGGAGAGUUGCACCUACACCUACCUGCUGGCAGACACGAAGACCAAAGAGGCUAUUAUAAUUGAUCCUGUGCUGGAGACAAUUGACAGGGACCUAAACCUGGUGAUGGAACUGGGGCUCAAGCUGACACUAGCAGUAAACACCCACUGCCAUGCAGACCACAUAACGAGCUCCGGGUUGAUGAAGAAAAGAGUUUCUGGUUUGAAGAGUGCCAUCUCUAAAUGGAGUGGUGCCUCUGCAGAUAUCCUGUUGUCAGAGGGCGACAAGCUCGCCUUUGGAAAACACUACCUGACCGUGAGAGAAACACCAGGACACACCGACGGGUGCACAACCUUCGUGUCAGCAGACGAGAGCAUGGUUUUUACUGGGGACUCUCUGCUCAUCCGAGGCUGUGGCAGAACAGACUUCCAGCAGGGUUGUGCAAAAUGCCUUUAUGAUUCCAUCCAUGACAAGAUCUUUACGCUUCCUGAUAACUGCCUCAUCUACCCAGCACAUGACUAUUUAGGUCAGACUGUUUCCACAGUGAGUGAAGAACGCAAGUUUAACCCUCGCCUGACAAAGUCCAAGGAUGAGUUUGUGGAGAUCAUGAACAACCUGAAUCUCCCAAAGCCGUUUAAAAUAGAUAUUUCAGUACCUGCUAAUCUAGUUUGUGGACUCCAUGGACUCUGAAUGCCUUGUAGAAAAAAAGCAUGUUUAUAAAGUAACAACAGAAUGAUUCACACUCAAAAUGUUUGUUGUAACCACGACAGCUUACCAUAAAGUGAUUUAAUUGUUUGUAACUUAUGUAUUUGAAAAUCUGUUAUCAUUUGUUGUGCAGCUACUGAUGUAACUAUUAUUGCGCUUAAAAUAAAAAUGUAAUAAAAUCUAAUUUGAUUGUUAAAAAAAAUAUAACAAUGCUUUUGUCUGACAGAACAGUUUUUGCAUUGUGUUUGAGUUGAAAGUUUUCUGUACUGUGUACAACUAUAAUAUUAAGAGUUGUAACAUGAUUGAACGAAUGAAUAAAUGAAGGUGAAUGUUUCAACUAAGGGAAAUCAAUGCUUUCAAUGUAUGGUUUAGUGUUCAUGUGGCAUUGUUUUAGGUGACUUCCUCCACAUGGCCUAUUCAGUAAUGCUGUACUCUUUUACUAAUAAUUUAUAUGUAUAUUAUUUUAUCACCCACACUGCUACCAGUCCCAAUAUUUUCAGGAUUGUUUUCCAUCAAAAAUAAUAAAGGAGUUGUUUUUGUGGCAGAACAUGUCAGACAACCCUGCAAUGGCCUUUGCUCCUGUAUAGAAGACCAUCUAGUGAUAUUUCUGUCAUAUAGCUAGAUGUAGAAGACCAAUGCCAAUAAACUGUUCAAUUGUAGGAUUUUCGGGUUUUCUGAUGUGCUGCUUUCAGUUCUUUGACUAAACGACUGUAAGCUGUGAUAGUUUCUGAGGCCAGUAUCAAAAUAAAACUGUUUUCAAAUGAAA